GGCCGAGCGCGGGCAGCGAGGGGCCGCCGCCAGCGCCGCGGCGGGGAGAUGUGCCCGGAGGAGGGCGGCGCGGCCGGGCUGGGCGAGCUCCGCUCCUGGUGGGAGGUCCCGGCCAUCGCGCACUUCUGCUCGCUCUUUCGCACCGCGUUCCGCCUGCCCGACUUCGAGAUCGAGGAGUUAGAAGCCGCCCUUCACAGAGAUGACGUGGAGUUUAUCAGUGACCUGAUUGCCUGCCUGCUUCAGGGCUGCUAUCAACGAAGAGACAUCACGCCUCAGACAUUCCACAGUUACCUAGAGGACAUCAUCAGCUACCGCUGGGAGCUGGAAGAAGGGAAGCCCAACCCCCUGAGGGAAGCCAGCUUCCAGGACCUGCCUCUUCGCACGCGGGUGGAGAUCCUGCAUCGCCUCUGUGAUUACCGUCUGGAUGCUGACGAUGUCUUCGACCUCCUCAAGGGUCUGGAUGCAGACAGUCUCCGCGUGGAGCCAUUGGGUGAAGACAAUUCUGGAGCACUCUAUUGGUAUUUCUAUGGGACACGAAUGUACAAAGAGGACCCGAUACAAGGAAAAUCCAAUGGAGAGCUCUCUUCGAGCAGGGAAAUUGAAGGACAAAAAAACGUCUCAAGUAUUCCUGGAAAAACGGGAAAAAGAAGAGGAAGACCCCCAAAACGGAAGAAACUACAGGAGGAGAUUCUGUUGAGUGAAAAGCAGGAAGAAAACUCCUUGGCAUCCGAGCCGCAGACAAGACAUGGUAUUACACAAUUGUCCUCUAAACUUGGAAGUAUCAGAAGGUUUGAAGUGAAACUGACAUUGGCGGUUUCGGGAAAACGUCCACAGCGCACAAAGGCAGAGUUGCAUCCUAGGUGCAUGUCUGACCACCUGUCCAUCAAACCCAUCAAGCAAGAGGAGACUCCUGUGCUGAGCAGAAUAGAAAAACAAAAGCGCAAAGAGGAGGAGGAGGAGGAGCGUCAGAUUCUUCUAGCAGUGCAGAAGAAGGAGCAGGAGCAGAUGCUAAAGGAAGAGAGGAAACGCGAGUUGGAGGAGAAGGUCAAGGCAGUGGAAGACCGAGCCAAGAGGAGAAAGCUCAGGGAAGAAAGGGCAUGGCUGCUGGCUCAAGGGAAGGAACUCCCUCCAGAACUUUCCCAUCUGGACCCCAAUUCUCCCAUGAGGGAGGAAAAAAAGACGAAGGACCUCUUUGAGUUGGACGAUGAUUUCACUGCUAUGUAUAAAGUUCUAGACGUGGUAAAGGCUCACAAGGAUUCCUGGCCCUUUUUGGAACCUGUGGAUGAAUCUUAUGCUCCUAACUAUUAUCAGAUUAUUAAGGCCCCCAUGGAUAUUUCCAGCAUGGAGAAAAAACUGAAUGGAGGUUUAUACUGUACCAAGGAGGAGUUUGUAAAUGACAUGAAGACCAUAUUCAGGAAUUGUCGAAAGUAUAAUGGGGAAAGCAGUGAGUAUACCAAGAUGUCUGAUAAUUUAGAACGCUGUUUCCAUCGGGCAAUGAUGAAGCAUUUUCCUGGUGAAGAUGGAGACACAGAUGAAGAAUUUUGGAUUCGAGAGGAUGAAAAGCGGGAGAAGAGACGGAGUCGGGCUGGGCGAAGUGGUGGGAGCCAUGUUUGGACCCGCUCCAGGGAUCCCGAAGGGCCUGGCAGGAAACAGCAGCCCGUGGAGAAUGGAGGGAAGUCUCUGCCCCCCACACGCCGAGCCCCCUCUUCUGGGGACGGUCAGAGCAGCAGCUCCACGCAGCCCCCGCGGGAGGUGGGCGCUUCCAAUGGCCGACGCUUUUCUCAUCCCCUGCACUGUGGCGGAACGCCCAGCCAAGCACCCUUUUUAAACCAGAUGAGGCCAGCGGUGCCGGGGACAUUUGGGCCCCUGCGAGGAUCAGAUGCUGCCGCCUUGUACGGUUCCUCUGGAGUCCCGGAGUCGCACCCCGGGGAGCCUGUGCAGCAGCGCCAGCCUUUCCCCAUGCAGCCUCCAGUGGGAAUUAACAGCCACCGAGGACCCAGGCUGGGCACACCCGAAGACAAGCAAAUGUGUGGGGGGCUGACGCACCUUUCUAGCAUGGGCCCACAGCCUGGAUCCUUGCAGCUCGGCCAGAUGAGUGGCCCGAGUCAGGAUGGAAGCAUGUAUGUUCCAGCUCAGCUCCAGCCAGGAUUCAUUCCUCCCAGGCAUGGGGGGGCUCCAGCCCAGCCGCCAGACUUUCCUGAAAGCUCAGAAAUUCCUCCCAGCCACAUGUAUCGAUCAUACAAGUACCUGAAUCGAGUACACUCUGCCGUCUGGAAUGGGAACCACGGUGCUACAAACCCAGGACCCUUGGGCCCAGAGGAGAAGCCCCACCUGGGGCCUGGGCCUUCUCACCAGCCUCGCAGUCUCGGUCACAUGAUGGAUUCCCGAGUCAUGAGACCGCCUGUCCCCGUCAACCAGUGGACUGAACAAUCAGGCUUCCUACCUCAUGGAGUUCCUUCCUCAGGGUACAUGCAGCCACCCUGCAAGUCUGCUGGACAUCGGCUACAGCCACCUCCAGUGCCAGCACCCAGUUCUCUGUUUGGAGCGGCCACCCAGGCUCUGCGGGGGGUGCAGGGAGGGGACUCCAUGAUGGACAGCCCAGAGAUGAUCGCCAUGCAGCAGCUCUCUUCCCGCGUCUGCCCGCCAGGUGUGCCUUACCACCCCCACCAGCCUGCACCCCCGCAUUUACCCGGCCCUUUUCCGCAGGUAGCCCACUCAGUGUCGGUCAGUGUAUCAGCCCCAAAGCCUGCCCUGGGCAACCCUGGGAGGGCACCGGAGAACAGUGAAACCCACGAGCCUGAGAAUGACCAAGCAGAGCCAUUGCCUGGCCUUGAAGAGAAGCCAGCAAGUGUUGGUACUUCAGAGGGGGUAUACCUCAAACAACUACCUCACCCCACGCCUCCCCUGCAGACUGACUGCACCAGGCAGAGCUCACCCCAAGAAAGGGGGGAAGCAUCGGGUCCGGAGCUCAAAACCAACUCCUCCGAAUCUGCAGACAACUGUAAAGCAACCAAGGGCAAGAAUCCCUGGCCCUCGGAUAGCAGCUACCCCAGCCACGCCGCCCAAGGGUGCAUGGCAGACCUCUCCGCGGUGGCAGACAGGGGCGCUCUACCUGAAAACGGAGUCAUUGGGGAAGCAUCACCCUGCGGAUCGGAGGGGAAGGGCCUUGGUAGCAGUGGUUCCGAAAAGCCACUGUGCCCCAGAGGCAGAACGUUGCAGGAAACCAUGCCAUGCCCAGGACAGAAUGCAGCGACACCGCCCAGCACAGACCCCAGCCUGAUGGGAGGCCCUGUGAGCCAGUUCACCCCGCUGUACAUGCCUGGGCUGGAGUACCCAAAUUCAGCUGCUCAUUACCACGUCGGUCCGGGCCUGCAGGGUGUGGGCCCCGCGAUGGGAGGGAAGUCCUCAGCAUCCCAUCCCCCGCAUUUCCCCGCAAGGGGCUUUCAGUCCAGCCACCCUCAUUCUGGAGGCUUUCCCCGGUACCGCCCCCCACAAGGAAUGAGGUAUUCCUACCACCCCCCGCCGCAGCCUUCCUACCACCACUAUCAGCGAACUCCCUACUAUCCGUGUCCACAGGGCUUUUCUGACUGGCAGAGACCUCUCCACCCCCAGGGAAGCCCGAGCGGACCCCCCGCCAGUCAGCCUCCCCCCGCGAGGUCCCUCUUCUCAGACAGGAAUGCCAUGGCCAGUCUGCAAGGCUGCGAGACCCUGAAUACUGCCUUAGCUUCUCCAGCCCGCAUGGAUCCUGUGGCUGCUAAAGUCCCCAAUGAUGGGCAGAACCCUGGUCCGGAGGAAGAGAAGCUGGAUGAACCUAUGGAGAGGCCAGAGAGUCCCAAAGAAUUUCUAGACCUAGACAACCACAAUGCAGCCACCAAGCGGCAGGGCUCGUUACCAGCCGGCGAGUAUCUCUACGGACCUCCUCCUCCGUCUCUGAGUGCGGGAAUGGGCUUUGCCUCGUCUGCAUUUCCCAACCACGGCGUGAUGCUGCAGGCGGGGCCUCCCUACACACCUCAGCGGCCGGCCAGUCACUUUCAGCCCAGGGCUUACUCUUCCCCCGUGGCUGCUCACCCACCUCACCACCCAGGGGCCCCCCAGCCCAACGGGCUCUCUCAGGAGGGCCCCAUCUAUCGCUGCCAGGAAGAGGGCCUGGGUCACUUUCAAGCUGUGAUGAUGGAACAAAUUGGCACUAGAAGUGGAAUAAGGGGACCUUUCCAGGAAAUGUACAGACCAUCAGGAAUGCAGACGCACCCGGUCCAGUCACAAGCCUCGUUCCCAAAGACCCCCGCAGCAGCAGCACCGCGGGAGGAGCUGCCGCCUCACAAGCCUCCAGCGCUUCCCCCGGAUCAGAGCUAGUCCGAGGAGGAAAUGAGCCCCAAGCAAUGGCAAGCUGCACACGAAGACUGGAACACGGAGAACUGGGGAGGGCCCCGCCAGCUCUGCUCCCAUCACCUGCUCCACCCCUUCACGUGACCCACCUGUGCCAUCCUUGAGCUGGAGCCAGUCAUGGGCCCUAAAAGGACACUCCUUAAAUGACUGACACACAGCUCGCAAAGGUCCUUGGCCAGGGAUCUCUUGCACGGCUGCUGUAGACAGUUAGGCAGAACGAAUGGACUUGGAGUUAAUGAUGACUUUUCCAAAUCCUGAGACACUUUUCAGGGAAAAUCACUUUAAACUUGGGGGCGGGGGUAUACUCAAGAAAGGAGUGGUGCUUUUAAACUUUGAUGAGCAGCUAAACUCAGGUAUAUAUUUGGGGAAGGGACGACUCGUAGUAUUAAUGGUUUUGGAGCUGGGUCCAGUUUACAGAAUUUUCAUGUUGCCUUUUAAAAUAAUUUUUGUUGGUGGUGAAUGUAUUGUACAUAAAGUGGGAAGGGUGGGUGGGGAUGCGGAAGAAAUGGGGGUCCUAACUGGUGGGUACACAGCACUGGAGUGAUCUUUAUCUGUUUACAAUCAUGUCACACUGAAUACUUCUGGGAGCUGCCGACGAGGGGAGGAAAGGUUUGAUCUUAUAAUACGUCACUGCUUCCUUGCUGGCCGGCCGGCCUUCAGAGUAGCUAAAGGCCGUCCUUCCAGUCAGCCUGAGAGGGAACGCCUGUCCCCUCACCAUCUGCUGUCCGUCUCCGUUGGAGGCAGGGUGCUCUGGGGACUGCUAGAAGGUUGAGCCCAGGAGAUGGGCUGCUGGCUCACUCUGGUGGCCCAAUUCCUGGAUGUGAGAAAGUGGUGUCCCUUCCUGGUUUUGCCACCAGCCCGACCAAAUAGUCGUAAACCAGCAUCAGGAAUCGGGAUGGCUGGAGUGUUUCAUCUAUUAGAAGAUGAGCCAUGCCCAUCACAGACCUCCCUGUUGGGCCUGUGGUCUAGAAGGCACCACACACAUAUUUCUGGCAUGAAUCACAUUUUGUGGAAGUGACUACUCAGGUUUGUAUAUUUUAGUAUCAAUAAAGAAUUGCACAGGUUUGAAUAGGAAAAAUGUAUUCUAUAGUUACAGUUUGAAUUUAGGAAUAUUUCAGUAUAUAUAGUUUUUAUUCAUUUUAAGUGAAUCAUAGUAAAAUCAGUCAUGGUGAUUUACAAUAGCUAUCAAGAAGAAGUUCUUGGAAUUAUUUGUCGUAUCUGUGAUAGGAAACCAUCGUACAGUAUUAAAUUACUUUAUUACAGUUUUAGGAUUGAAUUACACUGGAUUCUCCCUCGUUAGCAUUCUCUAUUUUAUUUUAGCUGAAAGGCCACCAAAGUUAGGACCCUGUUUUAAAUUUUUUAAUAUCCCACGAAAGAAAAACUAAGGAAAAUACUGAAAUUACAGGUCUUUGUAAAAAAUAGCAUAUUUUUAAGCAUGCUUUUGGGAUGGUAGAAGAAACUCUAUGAAAUGUUAAUCUGCCCUAGUUUCUUAUAAAUUCAGCUGUGGGAGGGGCCAGUAGAGUUUUCCCUCCAAUUCCAGGAUUCCUAGUGAAACAUGGAACUGUCGUGUUUACAGUUUGCUAAACAUACGUUGUUCGUGGAAAGAAAACUGAUCAGAAACAUCCAUGAUAUAGAGAUGAAACCCAAGACACCAGUUCCCGGAUGAUGGAAGAUUGUACCCGCACGCAAACGCUUAACCUGGUGGUGCUGCAUAGGGCUCAGGCAGAUUUGAGAGUUGAAUAGGGAACACAGAUGCCUCUUAGGUAUAAUGCACAAAAAUACAGAUUUUCUCUCGCAGAGGUUUUACUUUUAAAUUUGAUGUAUUUGCAGCUGGAUUGAGUUUUGAGCCUGUGUUCUCACUGGCUCCUAAUUCUUGUUAGAAACCUAUCACUGGCGUAACCCGUUGAGAGUGAAGAGGACAGAAGGUUUGUGGAUGGGUCUGCCCUUUAGCUAGUAUUCGCUAACAUGGAGCAUGACAGCUUCGGUGUCUGGGUUUGUGCAGAAGCAGGGAGGAGGAAAAAGAAGCAUUUCGUUUGUUGCUGGUUAGACCUGGGCUAGACCCAGAGAAUUUGGCCGCUGACAGCCUUUCUCUUUUCCUGGUAAUGCUGGUUCAGAUCAGAGGCCUCACUUCUCCCUCACAGGAGCAUUGUCACCGUGGGUGUCUCCCCGAGUACCCCAGGGGCCUGGGUGGGAGCGGCUGUGAGCAGCGCUGGGGCUGGUGCGCCCUUUCCUCCCGCCCUCCUGGUCCUUGAGCGGUUGUGUGCGCACUGCCCCAAGUCACCCUGUCUCCUCCCUCUCCCAGUGCCCGCGCCAAGUCACCUGGUGCUGGAGCAGUGCUGUUAACAAUACAGGAGGAGUCAGUAAAUCUCUUUAUCCUUAAUCUCCCUUGGUUUUAGGCGGAAAAUAUUGAGGAAGAGCAGUAGGAACUAGAACUACUGUAUUAAAUUACAACACUGUGAACAAGAGCAGCAGCGUGCUCAGCCUUCCUGCAUCCCCUGUGGGAGUUUGUCCGUGCGUUGUACGAGAGCUUCACCCGUGGUCCAGGGCGCGUCCUGAGCUGUUACUGGUCUUUGAAGUGCAGAUCUGCUGUGAGCUGUCUGGAGCUGCCACGUGGGAGAAAUCCCUCUGGUCGUGAGCUGCUGUGAACCCCUAGCCAACCCAUCUGCAGGCAGGAUCUUUUUCUCGCCUUUCCCUCCUCUAGCACUUCUCUUUCCAAGUGUCUUAAGCAGAUGCAAUGUCUUAAAGCAGAUGCAAAUGCAUUUGCCAUCUUCUCCAUUAGGAAAAUGACAGUUAUGUGUCAUAAUUAGAAAGUAGUGUGUAAGGCGUCCUGAAAAGGUUUGCUCUCAAGCCAGAAGGACAUUUCACGCUGUGGGUCACUGUCACCUUGUCAGUGGGCCGGCUCUCAGUGGUCCCCAGGAGGGCGGGGAUGGCUGAGAUCCAUGGAGAAUUGGAAAUGCCAUCA